AUGGACACGAUCCUUCCACUGCUCAAGACAAUAGUCCGCAACCGCCAACGUUCGACCAAGACGCCCGAGCGGCGUCACUCCCGCGACAAGUCUCGUGGCAAGCAGCAGCAGCAGCAGCAGCACAGCGGCGAACUCGAGGUCCUCCUCUUCCUGCUCGCGCACAAGGGCAUGGAGUACGCGGCCAAGCGGUACCUGGCCUCGGAGCACGGGACCCAGAGGCGCGAGGAGGGCCAGCCGGCUGUGGACAGCGACGCGCUGGAACGGCUGGGGCGGGUUAUUCUCGCUAAGAUCAUGGGCGCGAAGGACGAGGGGCGGAUGACGGGAGGGGGGGCGCGGCGCAGACAUCGCGAUGAUGGGAACGACAAGGACAGGAACGACAAGGACGGGAAUGGCAAGCACAGGCACGACAGGGGGCAGCGACGGCACCGGGACGCGUCGUCCGAGUCGCGGUCUCGUCACCGACGGCAGUACGGCGGCCGAGACGACGGCGGCAAACACGAGAAGCACAGGCGGAGGCAGCACGAGGGCGACGCGCAUCGACGACAGAGGCGGCGCGGACCGGCGCUCGAGAUGGAGGAGCUGCGCGCGCGGCUGGAGGACAUGUCGGAGGCGCUCAUCGGGAUGAAUGAGAGGCCUGCUGGGCGGCCGGGGCACGAGGAGUGCGAGUACUACGACCUCUUUGUCGCGGCGUCGACGCCGCUGCAGGAUGCUAUUGGGGGUGUUCUGGGGCAGAUGAGGGAGGUCGAGGGGGGGAAGGGCCGCGGCCGGCGGAGGCACGGCGGCGAGCACAAGGAGAGGCGGAAGAAGGAGGUGCCGGAGCCUGAGGUCAGUCGGGGGCGAACGAGGAGGCGACAGGAGCAUGGGCGGUAG